UCAAAAUAGAAAGGAAUGGCUAAGCUGCUGGGUGUAAUUCAUCAACGGAUGGCUAUAAGAUUCGCGCUCACCUGAGCCAAUUCAAUCAAAAAUGGCAUCGCCCGGCGACCAUGGUUGUGCCCCGCCUUCGAAUUCCAUGAUAGGAGUGCAUCGACUCUCCAUCAUGAGGGGCGUAUCCUGCCAUUGGUGGUGGGUGUGUCGUCGCACCUGGCAGUUGUCGUUUACGGGCUCGUAUUUGCUGCAACGCGGACAUCUACUUCGACAGGCCUAUCAAAAACAUCGUCUAGGUCGAUGUCUCUUCUGGCUGUUGGUCGAUGUGCUCAUGGGUUACGCUUGGGCCACGCUGAUCUUGGCCCAUUGGGCGCCUUCCACCCAAGGGGUUCAAUUGGUUUUGGGCGCCAUGGACAGUGUGGUCUUGUACUUGAGACGCUUAAUCACGUGGCUCAUGGAUGCGCCAGCCGGUCUCAAGCUAAAUUCGGUGCUCAGCUCCGCCUUGGGCAAGUUCUUUCUGUACCAUAUUCACCUCUGGGUCACGUUCCUGCACUUGGCCACACCCCUGCUCUCACAGGCUCUGAGCCGGACCAUGGGCGUAUUGAGUUACCUGGGGUUGAUGUUGCAGAUCAGCGUAGCUCAAGACACGUUCAAUUUGGUGACCUUUCACGUGCACUGUUUCUUCACUUACGCCCGACGCUUGUUUCUAAGUCAGACCCACGGACUGCAGAGCUUAUGGCGGCUUUUUCGUGGCAAAAAGUACAAUCCCCUCCGAGAUCGGGUGGACACGUCCCAUCAUGACGUAGACCAACUCUUUGUGGGUACAUUGGCGUUCACCAUUCUGUUGUUUUUGUAUCCCACGACCUUGGUGUAUUUCGCGGUGUUUAAGGUAUUGGACCUAGCCAUUGUGGCCCUACAUUGGCUCGCGUCCGGAUUAGUGCAACUGGGGUUGAGCUUUCAAUGAGAAAUAAAUACAAUCUAUUUACGAA